AUGUCCGGCCUCGACGCGCCGGAAAUCGCGGCCGCCUACGAGGCCGUUCGCUCCGACAAAGACGAGACCAAUUGGCUUCUUAUAUCCUACGCCGCGGCAGUUGGCAACAAGCUGACGCUGACGAAGACAGGCACCGGCGGCCUGUCCGAGCUAGCUGCCGAGCUCGAUGACACUCAAGUGCAGUACGCGUACGCGCGGGUCGAGUACGCCAACGAUGCCGAGAGCAAGCGCGUCAAGUUUGCGAUGAUCAUUUGGAUCGGCUCCAGUGCCAAAGUCAUGCGAAAAGCGCGAGCGAGCAUCGAGAGCGGGGAAGUCAAGAAAGUGCUGAGCCACCACAGCGUGCAGGUGGACGCGAGUGACAGGUCAGAUCUGGAUGAGAAGGAUAUCGUUGCAAGGCUACGGCGGGCUGGAGGUGCAGACUACAAUGGUGGGAGAGGCUGA